UUUGGGGACGUUUUUGGGGGCUCCUGGCUGCGCUCCCUGCUCCUCGGCGGGGGCUGCGCGGGGGACGUGACUGUGACGGGGCGGCUGGGUGCCUUGCGGCAGCAGGGAGGGAGGAUGCUGGAGCUGACGGCAGAAGUGUCUUAAUCUGACGGUUUAGCGUUGAGAAACCAAUUAAAAGGAAAAUUACGGCUCGGCAAGCGACUCCAUUGAAGGGUGUCCCCCCCGUGCGCGGCUGGGAAGGGCACAAAGGACGGCAGCUCCCCGGCAGCACUGCAUCCAACGGCAGCUCGCCACCGAAGCGCUUUCAGAGCCAUCCCGGGAGCGGAGGUCAGAGGCAACCGUGGCUGCCGGGCUGGCGCGGAGCUGCCUUUUCGGUGUCCCCAAAGAGCUGGAGCGGGAGGCUCGCCACCCCAGCAUACCUUGGCGGCAGCAGCAGCAUCCCCGGCACCAACCGGCACUUUCCUCUCCACCGUCCCCCUGCCACCCUCCGGUGCCCCCCGUACGGGCACACAGCACCAGCCGGCGCCUGCGGACAGCUGCGAUGUUUAAAAUAAAACUCGAGCCUUUAAAAAUUACGGCUUGGACUCUGAAUGUGUUCGUAAAGUUUCGGAAUAAGUACUCGGCUCCCGGCAGCGUUGCCGUCAUGGGGAAGGACUAUUACAAGAUUUUGGGCAUCCAGUCCGGUGCCAACGAAGAUGAAAUCAAGAAAGCCUAUCGGAAAAUGGCCCUGAAGUAUCACCCAGAUAAGAAUAAAGACCCCAACGCUGAGGAGAAGUUCAAGGAGAUCGCGGAGGCUUAUGAUGUCCUGAGUGACCCCAAGAAACGAGCUGUUUAUGACCAGUAUGGGGAGGAAGGUCUCAAAACUGGAGGUGGCUCUUCAGGUGGCUCAGGAAAUACUUUCCACUACACCUUCCAUGGAGACCCCCACGCUACCUUCGCGUCCUUCUUCGGAGGCUCCAACCCUUUUGACAUCUUCUUUGCUAGCAGCCGCUCCCGAAUGUUCAACGGCUUUGACCAGGAAGACAUGGAUAUCGAUGACGAUGAUGACCCUUUCAGUGCCUUCGGUCGGUUUGGCUUCAAUGGCAUUAACGGCGUUCACCGGCGGCACCAAGAAUCCCUGCACACGCGGAGAAAGGUCCAAGACCCACCCGUCAUCCAUGAGCUCAAGGUGUCCCUGGAAGAGAUCUACCACGGCUCCACCAAGAGGAUGAAGAUCACCCGCAGAAGGCUCAACGCUGAUGGCCGGACCAUGCGGACUGAGGACAAGAUCCUAAACAUUGUCAUCAAACGGGGUUGGAAGGAAGGAACCAAAAUCACAUUCCCCAAAGAAGGGGACGCCACCCCAGACAACAUCCCUGCCGACAUCGUCUUCAUCCUCAAAGACAAGCCUCACUCGCACUUCAAGAGGGAUGGGACGAAUGUGGUCUACACGGCAAACAUCAGUCUUAAAGAGGCCUUGUGCGGCUGCACCGUGAACAUUCCCACCAUCGACGGGCGGGUGAUCCCGCUGCCCUGCAACGACAUCAUCAAGCCGGGGACAGUGAAGAGACUGCGCGGGGAGGGGCUGCCCUUCCCCAAGGCCCCCAGCCAGCGAGGAGACUUGAUCGUGGAGUUCAAAAUCCGCUUCCCAGACAGAAUAGCUCCCCAGACAAGACAGAUCCUCAAGCAGCACCUCCCGUGCUCCUAGAGCCCGGGGACUCUCCUCCAAGCAGCAAUACUCCAAACGCACGUGCCACAGCACCCAGCCCGCAUGGAGCAGAGGUGCCACAGCACUUUCAAAUGCAAAAAAAAAAAACACCACCCUGUCACACCACUUUCCUUCCCCAAAAAUCCCACCCACUCCACUGCCCCAUCCAUCCCUCUCCCCACCCAUCCCUCUCCCCAUCCAUCCCUCUUGGCCUGUUUUCUACUCCAGCAGCUGGGAGGCUCCAGCCCAUCAUGGCUCUCCCAGCUGCAGAACUUGCUAUUUUUUUUUUCCCCAGAGGCCCAGCUUUUCCUCCUCACACAAGCGAGCAGCAUGGGCCCUUUGCCUGGGGAGGCGCAUCACGUUGUGGGUUUUUUUGUCACCUGCUUUUCAGGCCACCGUUUCCCAUGAAAAGCUGGACUUGUCGGGGUCCGGCGCAGUGUAAAUAGGACUCCGCGGGUUCUGGCGUCCCCGCUGUUAGUUUUUCUUUUCCCCUCUUUGAUACUUGCUGCUGUUUGGGGUCCCGGCUGUCCCGCGGUGCCGAUCACUGCCGCCCGCGGUGGCCCCCCCCCCUCCUGCCCCGUAGCCGGACUGUUUCUCACCUGGGACCAUGGUACCAAGUCCGACCGUGGUCUGCACUCCUGUGCCAAGCCUACAACCGAGCCUCGGCUGUGCCAAACGCCGGAGCGUGUGGGGACGGUCCCGUCCAUGCCCCUGCCCCUGCCCGGGGCUGUCCCCGCUGCCCGCCAAGCCCCUGCCAGCCGGAGGAGGGGGGAAAGCCCAGCGUGGAGCUUUCUUGUUCAGAUGUGUUGAGUUUGCGUUGCUGCUUCUAUAAAUACAUAUAUAUAUAGAGCUCGUUAGAUAAACUCUGCAAGGGUUUUCCUCUGCCCAUUUUGGGUUUCCUGGCGUGGUGCACCCUGACUUAUUUUUUCUGAGGGGGGGAGGAUGGUUCAGCCACACGAACAUCAAGCCCAUUGCAGUGGGGGGUGUGUGUGUAGCACAAGUCUGGGUGCAAAAGCAGAGCCAAGCGUGAGCAGAGCUGUGAGUUUCACUAGUGUUUGAGUUCAACCUUAGGGUUUUUCAUAAGAAGAGAAAGGCACGUGUAUAUAUUUUUCUACAGGAAUGAUUCAUUCAGGACGUGUUUCUGGGCGUCAGGGUGGAGCUGGGAGGCGCAUGAGGCAGUCUGCUUGGUGGCUUUGUUUUCAAAUGCUGUUAUUUUUUUAAAACCUUCGGAUUUCCAUCAGGAGACUUUUUAUAUUUCUUACCUUUCUCGGCCCACUCUGCCUCGUGCCAGUCCUUUUUUCCCCGGGAAAGAGCUCCUACAGAGUGGGAGGCACAUUCAACCUGCCUUUGUACAGCUCCUCUUCCACCUCAGCACCGCCAAGAAAAACCCUGCCAAAAUAUUCCCCCCGCCCCGGGAAUACUUUUUUUUUUUUUUUAAAAAAAGUCAUCACUGACUUUAAACAGGGGAUCUCUUGGGGCAGGGGGGGCCAGCGCGGGGCAUCCGUCGGGGCUGGGUGUACAGCUGUACAGCGUGUCAUACAGGGCGAGGAGAGCUGUUGGGCGCUGCUUAAUUAAUUGCCCAGUUUGGGCGGUGAGGGGAUGCUGACAGUUCCCUCCCCUGGUCCCUGUGGAGUUCGAUGUAGAGAAAACCUGGUGGACACCGUGAUCGAGAAGACAGGCCAGCGUGCAAAUGCAAGCUGCUUUGUUUUUUCUUGAUUUCACUCAGACCUGAAUGUUUUAUAGUGGGGAUUUUUGUAAUUUUUUUUUUUUUUUUGUAAUGUCAGUAUUGAGAGGAAAAAAUAAAUAAAGUAUUUUAAAAAAUACAA